AUGGCUCAACUACAGGAACUUGAGAGCGCUGCGUGCGACGUUAUCCAAAACGUGAAACAGAUACAAGAUCUCAGACAUGCGAGACUCUCGGUCAUCGGGGGGUUAGCAUUAAUGCAUUAUCUCCCUGAAUACCGCUCGACAGAUAACAUCAAUUUUAUUACGAAUAUAUCGACCUCUCCAAGUUCGCUGAAAAAGCGGUUGGUAGAGCAGCCAGAGUCGCCCUUCUUCCAACGUUCACAGGCACUCUUCUAUAAAGCACCUCGUGGCCAGGAAAUCCGAGUUGAUAUAAGCCCGGAAUGGCUUUCACCUUACCUUCCAGAGUCGGCUGUAAAAGUAGAAGACAUAUCACGCGACGAAGUCCCGUAUAUCUCCCUCACCGACCUCAUCGUAUUCAAAUUGGAUUCAAGCGGGUUGCGAUCUAACCCCGUGAAGAAAGAGCGCGACGCGCAGGAUGCCGCGGCUCUGGUCGAUUUCGCCACGCACAAAAGCUCCCUACAGCUUUCGGAGAAACAGGAGCAAGUCGUAGAAGAAGCGCUCUGCGACGUAGCUAAAUGCGGUACUAAGGAAAAGGGCUGGUGGGAGAGGCGUAUGGGCCUAACAAGGCAAGCCGCUGAUGGAUCUCCCUACGACAGCGGAGGUCGUGGGCGCAAGCAGAACCGGCCUCAUUCUAAAUCGGACCCUUCACCGUCCAGGGGUCCACUCGUAAGCGAUCCCAACGCGGCUUGGCACUACGAGCGGCUAGAUCACGCACACAUCCGGCGGUUCAACUCGCUGCACAGUAGCCGGGGCGCAAACAGGCCGGGGAUCCCCCGCUCCUCUUCGCAACGCAUGAUCAGGGACACGGGCUUCACCAUGACGCAGCCGAAGACGACGCACGCGAGCUAUCAGCUCGGCGCGAGGCGGUCCGGCCUGAGCAGCGAGAUCAGCACCGGCUCGAACUACUACACCCUCGAGCCGGGCGAGAACUUGUCGGGGCGGGCUUCACCGGCAGGGUAUUUCGACGGUUCCCGCACGCCGCCGGGUGGCCUAGGAACGGUGACGGAGCAUGCCGUGGGGGUUCGGCGAAGCUCCAAGUCGGGAUACUUCGAUCUUACCCCCGGAGCUACACCCAGCGCCGUAUCGCAGCCCAGGAGGCCCCCGGGGUUGGAAAAGAGGAGCGUGACGUUCCUCCUGUAGGUGGAUGCAGAUGCCCUGCGACAUCUCUCGUCGAACUAUGUAUUAUUUUGUAAGCUUUCCUGAUGCAAUACCCAGUUUGUUU